AUGGUCGUUGAAAACGUAAACGUUAUAUCUCUCUCGGCCAUCCUGCAUCGCUUUGCAUUAUCGGAGACUUCACUCGAGGACAUCAAAUCGAAGGAAUCCAGAAGGGGUCCAUGGUUAGGUGGUGUGGAGAGCUGGAAGGAAUUCUGCAGGCGCUCGACAGUGCUGGACAACAACUGGGCUGGGCAUGGAUUUGUUCUGGAGGGAGGUUACACAUCCCAGGACGGCGUAUUGCGCUUCCAAAUCGAUGAAGAGCAGCAGACAAUGCUGUCCUUAUCGCGCGCGGGCGGCAUGACCGUGCAUGCAAUGGAGGACAACCGCGUCCUUUGGAGGUUUAGUCCAAGAUACUUGUUCCGCAGCACGUGCGAGCUGUCUGACGGCUUCCUGGUAUUUCCCAGCAGAGAUCGAGGCAUAGAGAUAUGGCGCCGCGCAUCAGAUAUUUCCGUCGACACCUCAUCGCACACUGGCGUGCAUGCCAUUCCAACACCCAUCACGCUAUCGCCCGCUGCGGCGCGUGCGUUCCAAUUCGAAGAGGCGCGGGCGACUGCCGCCCAAUUGCCGCUCGGGCAUUCUGAGAAAGGCCUGCGGGGAAGAUACGCACCACAUGCAUACAUCGGCGCACCGCAUGUCGGCGUCGUGCGGAUAUUCCGCCUGCGGUUCCCCGUGCUUGCGCUGAUGAGCUCGCAAGAUGGUGGCGCCUUGCUCUUGUUCGACGUCCGGGACGGUACGCUCUUACGGCGGAUCUCCUCAUUUGAUAUGGACCACGUUGUCGGUGCUCCACCGAGUUUCGCUCUGGCCCCGAUCUCGGACCGUGUUGUGAUGGAUCUCGAUGUGACCGAGGGCUACAUCGCCGUGUGCUUGCACUCGGCCGUCGUGAUUGUACCUCGCCGUGGAGAGGUGAAGCCCGGCAUGGCAGACGACUCUAGGGCGACGAGGAUCCUGGUGCUUGCGGAAGACAAACCGCCGCAAUUUUACCGAGAGGUUGGGAUGCAAUUGCGGAAGCUACCUGACGUCAACCGCUCAAGGGUGGCACCGGAGAUGAAACAUCUCACAGAAGGGAGCCUGGCCUGGGUUGCCGGUACGGACGCUCUGGAAGAAAUGGAGGUCGUACAUCCUCCGGAAGGGCCGCUUUCAGACGAUGCCCAAGCCCUUGUCCACGUUAGUGGUGUAUCCCGUCUUCCGCCCUAUUUCAUAGCAGCGCGAUUCUCGCCCGAUGGGAAGCACCUGGCCGCGAUCACCGCCUUCGGUCUGCUGUACCUCGUCCCCGACUUUGCGCGUGUUGAUCGUGAAAUUGUAUCUUUCUCCGACAUCGUGAAACGCAUAUAUUUCGGACAGCCGUUGCGAGAUCUUGCUUGGGAAGGACAGCCAAACCGACUUGCUAUACAGGCAGCUUCCGACGAGAUCUACAUAGUCAACGUCGACCCGGCGUACUAUCUCCCAGGAGGCAAGCAAGGAGGUCCCCCUGUGUCAUCGAGCGAUCCGUUUACGCGCAUAUCGGUCUUGCGUCUCGCGGACUUCAGCGACUCAGAGUCCGGGCGCCCGCAGAGCAUGUCGAGCAGCGACUUGCAGAUCACGCACACUGCUCUCUGGACGAUAUGGGAUCCGUCGUUGCUGAGCCGUGCGGUGCGCCAGCGCGCACAGCGGGAUGGUGGUAGCCUCGGUGAUGUUUCGGGGGAGGGAAAUGGGGCGCCUGUGGCAGAUAGGUCAAGCUACUUUGACUCUGGUCAACGCCUGACACGCAGUAUUUCUGAUAUUGCAAGCGAAGCGCUCACCCAAGGCUUGUCAGAGCGAUUCUGGUCUGCCAUCAUGCCCCGAGAAAAGAAGAGGCAGAAACAGCCUGCUCGGUCCCGGAAAUCCACUUGCAUAUCCCCCACCGCCACAAAUAUCAAAGAUCUUCCGGCGGAGAUCCUUAUUGAGAUUCUGUCUCUGACGUGUUUCAAAGAUAUAUUAUCUUUCCAACAGGUAUGCAGGCAUGCCUGUCAAAUCGUCGCAGGGAGCAAACGUCUGCGGUAUAUCGUUUCUUUGGGGCUUGCAAAUUGCGUGGACGGCUCGUCAGAGAACAAAGGUAGCACAUCCGAGCGGCUCAAGGCCCUUGCCGAUCGCCACGGCGCGUUCAGGCAAGCUAGCUUUCUUUUGAAGGACAAGGUCAUAUACCUUCCGUGCAUUCCCGGGUUGCUCAGACACUGGGACUGUCAGGGCGGGCUACUUGUCUGUGCUUACAGAAGUCCUGGCCAGGGCCCUGACCUGCGAGAGCCGCAGCCGUUCGAUAGCAUUGACGUGAAGUACAUCGGGUCACACGGGAAGCAACCGCCGGUACAAUGGAGUGCCCGCCUUGGAGAGGAUUGGAGUAGGUUCAGUAUGGACCCUAGUCAGGACCUUUUGGUAUUAUGGGAAGAGAGCACUGUCUGGCACAUCCCCUGCACGAACGUUGACUUAGAGCUGUCCAGCGUGAAGUUCUUGCACCUCUCGGAUGGCACUCCUCAUAAACGUGCUUGCCCCGACGUUAAGGAUAUUGAGUUACCAAUACAUUCUGACUGCAAUGAGCUGCAAAUCCGAGGGCCACUCAUCGGUCUAAGCACCGACAAGCAGAUGAUCAUAAUCGACUGGACUACCGGCGCCAAAGAGAGCCUUGAUAUGUGGCCAACCAAAACCAAUGGCUUCCUUCUAUCAGAAAACUGCCUAGUGGCAGUACCCAUUCGUAUGCGACCCACCGAUUCCAUCUUGCAAUCUCACGUUGCCAUAGACGUAUAUGCUGUGGAAAAUACUGGGACCAGCAUCAAGACCUCUCUGGUGGCGAAGUUCGAGUUACCGACGCCGAGGCCACACGUCUCGGCUCUUCUCACCAUCCAGAACUACAGCAGCGAGGGCGGUCGUCAUUCGGACCCCGCAUCGCACAAGUUCUCCGCGAGGCCGUUCCACAUUUCCCCUGCUGCGCAAGUAUUCGGGCUCGUCCUCGAGAUGAAGCACGAGGAUACGUCGGAGUCGGAGGAAGCCUCCUUCCUCGUUUUCGCACGCACACAGCCGUUCUUCGACGCGGUUGACCACCACAACCCGUACGCGGGGCGCCUCCGCCGCGCGUGGAAGAGAGUGCCCUGGCAGGAGUGGGUUCCCACAGGGACGUGGUGGUUCGAGGGUUAUGAGCCCUCGCAGAGCGACGAGUACUGGCCCUCGCAGUGUGGUACAAUGGUCAUGCUACGCGAUGGGCUCGUCGACCUGAAUUCGUUCGCGUCGCGGCGCGACCUCACGUGCGGGGCCACCGCGUUCCCAGGGGAUGCUGCGUUCACCGCCCGCAUUGCAUCGCCCCCGGUCAGUCGCGACGACCGCGAUCAUACGAGCCUGCGCACGGGCACCGCGCCUGAGCGUGCAGAUGAAUUCUUCGAAGAGCGGAUCCUGACGACCGUGCCGUUCCGGAAGACGUACUUCUGGAACCUCACUGCGAGCUUCGCACAGCGGGUGAAGCCGACGGAGGAGGGGCUACUUCUUGUGCAUCCAUGCCGGUGCGGGGACCACAUGCUGGGGUUCACCACUUUCGUUGCGUCGUGCCCGCACCCGAAUAUGGCUACACCCCGGGAAGGCUGUUCGUGUAGCGCGGAUGCACAAUCACAGUCACAACAAGGAUCGUCCCAACAGGCGACACUUCAGCAGGCACCACAGCAAGCUCCAUCAGAAUAA